AGUACCAGGUGAUACUUACAACUUCGACUUUUUCUUAUCAUGAUGGGACCGACGAGUAGCAAGUAUUUAUUGUUCGUCUUCUAGAUUGAGGAUGUCGACGGCGUUUGAUGAAGUGCAGUUUGCAGGCUCAGCUCUUCCUGGCUUCCAGUCCUCGUCAAAGCUAUCCUCGCCCAACCAACGGCGCCAAUCCGCUACUGUCGCGACUAACAGCGCCACAGGUGGACGAGGGCUCGAGAGCAGCACUUUGGGAGGUUCGUCUCUACGGUUCGAGCGUUUACGCGCACCUCAUUCUAGCUCGAACUCAGUCGCUUCAUCUAAUGCAGAACUUCCUGCGCUAAGCGGUGCAGAAGAGGAGACUUUGCCACCAGGGACGAGGGGAUACGACUUAGGAGACCAAC